UGUUAUAGGGGUUAUAUAGAGCUCCCAAUGUUUCUUGUCAUGUAUUGUAUACUUUUCUGAGUAUAGUUACAGAAACAAUAAUUGAUACGCUCAAAUACCUAUUUUCACUUUUAUACAUUGUCUGUGUACAGCGAUAGAACAUAAUUAUAUUGCAGAAGCCGAGAGACCAUGGCUGGCAUCAAAGCUUUAAUCAGCCUUUCUUUUGGGGGAGCAAUCGGUCUGAUGUUCCUAAUGCUUGGAUGUGCUUUGCCGCAAUACAACAUCUACUGGCCGCUGUUUGUCCUGUUCUUUUAUAUCCUUUCACCUAUUCCGUACUGUAUAGCGAAGAGAGUGGUUGAUGAAUCUGAUGCUGCAAGUAAUGCCUGCAAGGAGCUAGCUAUAUUUCUCACAACUGGUAUAGUUGUUUCUGCGUUUGGUCUGCCUAUUGUGUUUGCUCGAGCAGUUUUGAUUCAGUGGGGUGCAUGUGCCCUGGUACUCACAGGAAAUGCUGUCAUUUUUUCCACCAUUUUAGGAUUUUUCCUAGUUUUUGGAAGCAAUGAUGACUUCAGUUGGCAGCAAUGGUGAAUGGCUUGUUAGCCCUUGUAGAACUUGCUCCACAGCGACCAUCCAUUCAGCCAACAAAGCCAUCCUCGUUCUGGUUGAACCAAGCGGGAAGUAGCAUGUGGAAUUUUAAUCACACCUUAUCGCCAUGCUUUUCGUCAUGGGCAUUCAGAAUGGCUUACCAGGAAAGCUCUUUUACCAAGAAAACAUACUUCUUCCUUUUUUAUUUUAUUUUUAUACACGUCGUAUUGGGUACUUUAUACAGUUAUGUUAAAAAGAAAUGUUCCUCUAGUCUGUUUCUCAACUAUAUUGUUCUUUUGCAACACUGGCCACUAAUACCCAUGCUGUGAAACUACUCCUUGUGCUGGGUAUGUUUUCUAUCCCGUUUUAUUUAAAGCAUUAUAAAGUCUAUCCCAUUGCCUCUGUCCGAAAAAAUGCAUGUGCCCUCACUUUGCUACUGUACAGAAAUUUAGAAACAUUAGAGUUUGUAGUUUCAUUGUGUCUAUUAUAUUGAGGAAACAAUGUACACUACUGGAACGUGUUUAAAUUUAAAGGGAUAGUGUACUGUAAACCUCCCCCCCCCCUUCAAUUUGUUCACAGUAAUCUCUUUUACCUGCUAGAGUGUAUUAAAUUGAUUGCAAAUAUUUUUUAGAUUUUUUUUUUUGCCUGUUAUUGUAUCCCUACCUAUACUGACAAAAAUCCAGUACUUAAAUAUUGGCCUGGAAAAGCUGUUUAAAGAUAACAGGAAAAGAAAUUACACUCCCAGUAGGGGGUAUGAGAAUUAAGUACUAAAAUGUACAUUUACAAUUAUUCUCUUAAUGUAUACAGCUAUAAGGUGGCUUUGUGUGUUUGUACAAACAGCGAUAAGGGAAGGACAAUUUAUUUCAUUGUAAGAUCAGUCCAUUUUAAUAGGUUUUGGCUUCAUAGAUUAAAGUUCAUAUUCAAAAAUAAAGGAACAAUUCCCAAUACAUUUUAUUCUCUUCAGCUGGUAAAACAAGUCAUUGGAAUCCAGUUUUACAGUGCACUGUCCCUUUAAUUAAAUAAGGUAAGGGGGGUGCAUUUAAUACUUUUGUAUUGUGUAAGUUGAAAACCGUUGUUAGCAUUAAAAUAAGAUAUUUAAAAAGAUAACGGUUGACAAAAUAAUCAGCUUCUGGGCAUUACAAAGGUGCAACCUCAUUUGUAGACAAGCUGUAGAGGUCAGUUGUGUUAAAAUAUGUGGUUUUAAUCUCUUGUCUUCAUGACUUCCCAAGAGGCCAGGAUUUUAAGAUCUCUUCUCUUCCGUUCAAAUUAAGUUACAGCUUGUGCUCAAGUAGAAAUACCCUCUCAUUCUCGUGAUAUCUAAAAAAAAAAUAGAACUGACAAAUACCAUUUUUUUGUUGUUUUGUUAUGAUGAUUUAGCCUGAUAUGGGCCAAUAUGUCUACCAAGGAAAGAGUCAAGUUCUAGUGAAGACGUCACAUGACUUAUCUCGACAACAUGAUGAAUAUAUUGUUAUUUAUUUGCACUUGACUUGUUUAAACUAUGUUUUUUUAUUUUGUUUAUGCCAUAAGGAUGCAGUUCAGGUAGCCCUCAGUUUACGCCGGGGUUAGGUUCCAGAAGCAAUGGUUGUAAAUCAAAACCGUUGUAUAUUGAAACCCAGUUUAUAAUGUAAGUCAAUGGGAAGUGAGGGAGUUCGGUUCCAGGCCCCUCUCAAAAUUAUUAUACGUAACACAUAAUACAUUAUUUUUAAAGCUUUUAAAAUGAAGAUUUUAAAUGCUAAACAGCAUUAUAAACCUAAUAAAAUAAUCACACAACACAGACUUCACUUGCAUUUUUCUGCAAACAGUUCUUUCUAUGCAUUCCUAUCUGGACUGAUUUAUAGACAGGAAGAUCUUGUUCCUUUGAAAUCUGCUUGAUAGCUCAGCUCUGGUUAACUGAUUAAUUUCAGCUUGCUUGGCUUAACUGUAACACAAGUGGACAGCUCCACCUACUGGCUAUUUUAAUGAAUGCACUGCUUCUCAAUGCUUUUUCAAUAGCAGUCACAUGACUUGAAAAAAAAGGUUAUUAUUCUGAAACGGUGCAAAUUGAACCGUUGUUAACCGAGGGCCACCUGUACUGACUAGCUUGUAUGAUAUGAUAUUCAUAGGUCUUCUUAACUUAGGGUAUGGCAAAAGCAGGACUCAUUCGACUUUCUAUACAUUUAAGAGUGGCUUUGAUUUUUGCGAUAUUCCCCCUAUAAGUUCAUUUGAGAGCAUAGAAAACCCAAUGCUGCAAUAAUGGCCCUGAGCAAAUACUUAUGGCUGUUUUUUUAUUUUUAUAUUUGCUAUAUUGUCAGUUGAAUGUCGGCUUUGUACAUUUUCUUUUGCACACUAAAGGUUAAAUGAUAUGAUGUUAAUACUCCCAGAUACUACUGCUACAUUUAACCCCAUUAAAAUUGAUAUGGUCAAUGUGAUCUAAAAGCCUCCUUAUAGCUAUAAUGGGAACCAGGGCAGCUAUAUAUGAAUAUAUGCUCCUCAUCCAGAUUUGUCAGAUACCUUACCACCUGGGCUAUCUCCUUCAUUAAGAGAUACACAUAUGGCUGUCUCCAGACCACUUCACUUUAGCCCUUAUACUAUAGUACUAUACCGCCAUCCCAACACCAAACCUCCCCCCCCCCCCCAGAGAUUUCUCUUACAAGGUAAGCAUAGGAAAAUGCAUGCCUUGAAAACCACAUCUAGACUUUUCUUCAUUUCCUCCCAAACACCCCUUCAACUAAAGAUAAUUUAUUAGAGGUCUUUCUCUUCUACUUGGGGACAACAAUUAGCUAGCUGUUUUAUUAUCUGGUAUGGGGAUAUAUAAAUCUAUAAUCGUUCAAAAAAUAACUUAAAAAAAUAAGGCUCUGUACUGUUUGUUCAGUAUUUACAUACCGAAUAUGAUAUAUUGAGACAUUUCUAUGGUUCAAUUUAUUAUGCUGUUCUACAACGACCCUUACAGAACACUGCAUCUUGUAUUAUGUAUGUUACUUUGUAACAUUUGUCCAUUGUGAUAUAUGUUCAGCCUACAAAUUGUAUUAUUCUGAAUAUCUAUAUUUCUUUAUUGCCUUUAAUAAAAAUUAUAUCAAAGGAAAAAAAACAAAAAAGGUAUGGCAAAUAUACUAGUACCUAGAUGAAACUGAUUUCUACAAUUAAACCUCACUUUAAAACCCCUUAAAUACCCUAAACUACUAUAGCUUAAUAUCCCCUAGACAAAUGCAAUUAGCUUUACUACAGCUGAAACAAAACGCGUCCAUAUUAAUAAACGGUUUAAUAUAAAAUAAACCCAUUUCUGUUCUACUGUUUAAUGAAAACAAAAUAUUUCUAUUAAAUAUGUAUCAAACGUUUCAACAAAUAAAUGUAACAUGAUGCAUCAAAAAAAGUUAAAACUCUCUUCUACGUUAGCUUGUUAAUUUCAAUUUAUUUGGUACAAGUAUAUCUAUAUCUAUUGGUACAAGUAGUUCAGUGUUUUUGGCAGCCAUGUGGCAUUAUGGAGGAGCAGGAUAGCGGCAGUGUAAUACUUUGCAAUAUUAUGACGUUUUCUGUUAAUUAUAAAUAUUACAUACGCUUACUUAAAGGACCAGUCAGUACUGUAGAUUUGCAUAAUCAACAAAUGCAAGAUAACAAGACAAUGCAAUAGCACUUAGUCUGAACUUCAAAUGAAUAGUAGAUUUUUUUUUUCUGACAAUUUUAAAAGUUAUGUCUAUUUCCACUCCCCCUGUACCAUGUGACAGCCAUCAGCCAAUCACAAAUGCAUACACUUACCAUGUGACAGCCAUCAGCCAAUCACACAUGCAUACACGUUUUAUUCUGUGAAUUCUUACACAUGCUCAGUAGGAGCUGGUGACUCAAAAAGUUUAAAUAUAGAAAGACUGCACAGAUUGUUAAUGGAAGUAAAUUGGAAAGUAAAUUUGCAUGCUCUAUCUAUCUGAAUAAUGAAAGUUUAAUUUUGACUUGAGUGUCCCUUUUUAAAUUGAUUUAAUGAUUAUUUGUGCAACCAACAUUUAAAAAAAUAUUGGCAGCUAAUUGUGGGUUAAUACUGGCUUAAAUUUUACCUGGGUGGUCAGUAAAAUCAGCUGGAUGGUGUGCCCAUAAAAUUAGUCAAUGGAAGGGCACUGUAGUUAUUUACUGUUGGUGGGUCAAGGUCAGGCUGGUAGCAAAGCCACUACUAGGCUAGCAAGUUUUGCGGGCCCAAUGUUCAGUGGUGGAGAAAAAUAAUCUGUUUAUUUUACUGAGUGUUAUAUUGUAAAGUAAGUGUAUCUCCUUUACAUAAAGCAUAGUGGGGAAAUCCCCUUAAAGGGACAGUUUACUCAAAACAAAUCUCUCCUUUAAUUUGUUUCCAAUGAUCCACUUUACCUGCUGGAGUGUAUUAAAUUGUUUACAAGUAUUUCCAUUAACCUUAUAUUGACAUUUGAAUUAGUUUAUUUAGUCUGUGGUAUCCCCACCUAUUCUAAAAGUUUUUGGACUCGAGGCCAAGCUGUGUUACCCAGCCAGUAGAAGAAAUUACACUCCCAGUGGGUUAUAGAAAAGAUAAGGUAAUAAAAUGUUAAUUUUCCAUUGUUCUCUCCAAGUAUUGGUGAUUGGUUUAUGGACAGAUAUAAGAUAAAGAAGCAGGAAUAUGUACACAAUGUGAUAAAGUAAUGAGAUCUGAUUAUACCUACAAGCUCGUCCCAUUUUAUUAGGUUGUGGUUUCAAAAUACAAAAUCGGCUAAUUCAUAUAAACAAACCUUAAAAAAGCAAAUCUCAUACAUUUUGUACUCUGCAGCUGGUAACAAAAAAAAUAAUAAUUGGAAACACAUUAAGGGGAAAACAAUUUUAAAGUAUAGUGUCCCUUUAAUGAGAUACAUUGUUCCCAAUCCCAAGGUAAAAUUGUCCCUGAGAGGUCUUGUAAUACUUGACAAUGCAUUUAUAGAAUCUCUCCAGAUCAGAGAGCUUUAGAGAAUUGGACCCCUGGUCUCUUCCGAAACAAGUAUUACAAGUAGAUAAGAAAAAUAACUUUAUAUUAAGCAUCACCUUCCCUUUGUGACACUUUUGAGACAAAUAAAAACUUUGUAUUAUAAAAAAAUGUUUUACCCCAUUAGCGCAUCGUUUUCGUAUUAUUAUUGUGGAUGGAGUAUCAACCUUUGUAAUAUCUCUGCAGUGCAGCCCAUCAGGAUAUCAGUUUGCAGCAGAGACAUACUGAACUCUAGCAAUGCUAUUAAUCUUCACUUAGAAGCUAGGGUUAGGUGCUGUAUUUAGAAGUUAUAGUAACCCCUUUGAAUACGAGAGAGGGCAGCAAUACAGUUGCAUAUGUGUGUAGAAUCGACGACCACGUUAUUUCAUUUUUACUAAUAAUGUUUACAUCAGAACUUUGUUCCGAUGUGAACACUAUUAUCCCUCCACAAAGAGGUUAAAGGAAUAUUUUUCAUUUAUUUUUCACCUUCAUUAUCUCACAUGCAGAGCUUACCGCUUGAAUGCUGUGAGGGAUACAUUGUAUUUAGAAACGGUGUAUUGCAGCCCUAUUUGAUGGCCUAGAUAAAAAGUGCAUUCCCACAAACCCACAAUGUUUAUUUAGUGAAAUUCCAGCCUUUUACUGAAUAUCUGUUUUGUUUGUCACAUGCAUCCAUUAAGGUUUAAGGUCUAUUUGAUGGCUGUUUGCCACCCUUAUAAGACGGUUGACUUACAUUGAAUUGAUAAAUAAACCUAAAGGUAAAGCAUUAAGUAUAUUGGAACAGCAGUCAUUACAUUUAAUCCAUUAUACACUGUAUUAAAUAUCGCAUAGUCUCUAUAGCUACAAUAUAAAAUGUGUGUUACAUUUCUACCCACUAGGUAUUUAGUAGUGGAGCAAAAAAUGUCCUUAUUGAAAAAUAAAUAACACAUUUUUGGCAUCUCUUGUUAAUAGGUGAGAUAUUUGUGUUUAAAACUUUUAUUCCUGUCAUACUAUAGUUUCUUAUAUAUGGUAGUAGCAUGAAAAGUGAAGCAGUCUUCACGUUUCUGAUGUUUUAUUUUUUAUUUUUAUAUAUAUAUAAUAAUUGUUAGGGAUGAUUUUUUUUGUAGAUCAGUAUAGAGCCAUUGAUAGUCUCUUAGUAUAUUCAGCAUAAAUACGUGUUUGUUGUUUUUUUAGUUGCUUAGUAUUGAUAUUGGGAUACACUUAAAUAAUGGUGUGUGUGUGUAUAUAUAUGUGUGUGUGUAUGGGUAUAUAUAUAUAAUAUAGAAUUUAAGUGUAUCCCAAUAUCGAUACUAAGCAACUAAAACACACACACACAUAUAUAUAUAUAUAUAUAUAUAUAUAUAUAUAUAAAUGUAGAAAGAAAAAAGCCAUAUGCUGUCUUAAAUAAAACGUCCAGUUUAUUGGUCAAUCUUAAAAGUAUUGACAGUACUCAAACGAAAAAGUCUAUAUAUAUAUAUAUAUUAUUCAUGAGCCUCCCUCUGACUAUGAGUGCCGCUAUUUUGGAACGUAGGUUUUUAGAACAAGUAUCUGAAGGAAAGUUGCUGCCCAUGUACUAACCACGUCACUACUGGAAUGCAAUGAAAUCUAGAUUUCAGCAUCUUGGCACCCACAACAAGAGAAAGGCAGGUAAUAACCGCAAUACUAUACAGUACUUAUAAAAUGUAUUUGGUAUUUAAUUCCCCUUUAAAACCUAAACUGUAAUUGGCCUUUGAUGAAUAUAGUUUGUCUUUUAUUUAUUUUUUAAUUAAAUUUAAAGCAAAGAUUGUGCAACAGGACAGUCGCAUUGGUAUGUUGUGUAGACUUACAGUAUGUCGAUCAUAAACUCUGUUGAUAUUGAAAGGUCUUUACUUAUACACAUUAUGUCUGUAAUAUUACCUAUUUAUAUACAUGCACUUCUUAAAUUUUCUGUUUUUAUUUUUCGUCACUUUAAACCAUUAAUACAUUAAUGGAAUCAUAGCUUUAUUUAAAAAAAUAAAGUGUCAUAUACAUUUCUAGAGAUUUAUAUGGGAUCUCGCAAGCAAAAACAUUUAAACACUGCAUUAGUAUGUUUGUCCUGAAAAAAAGAGGCUGCAUUUAAGCUGAUGGAAAAUGAGAAUGUUAGUAAAAAGAAAAAAAGUUGGUUUCUGGAAUCUUUUUAUAUAUUUUUUUUUAUUAAGAAAGCUAAGAUUUUGAGGACUUUAACUGACAGUUACAGUAAUAUAUAUAUUGUUUUUUUGGGGGUGUUUAUCAUCAUUGUAAUUUGUAAGUAUUCUUAAAUUGUUAAUAACUUUAUACAUUGCACAGGUAUUUGAAUGUUUAGUUCAGAUGGGGCUGGAUACUAUGUUAAAUGUGCAUCAUCAUAAAUUAACACCCUGUUGUUUAUCUGGUAAUAUAUAUUUAAUUUGUUUCUUGUGCACAUGAGUUUGUGUGGUGUUUUUUUUUUUUUUUUUUUUUCUUGUUUUUUUUUUUAAAUAGAACAAUUAUCUAUUACUUUUUUAAAAUGCAAUUCCUAUGCUAGGCAACACCUAUUAUAAGAUCACUUGCUUCAGACAGAUAAUUAAAGGGACAUUAAACACUAAAUAAACCAUUGGUAGAAUGGUGUAUUCAGAGCAAAUAUUAGCCUGAGAAUAAUAUAUACAUGUAUUUUUAUUUAAAUAACGUAAGUUUUUACAAUUUUGAAAAAACAAGAGUAACAUUCUUUUGGUCAUAAAGCAGUGGCUGCUGCCAUAUUGUAACUUAGGUUUUUUUUUUCUGCUAAGACCAAUUAGAGACCAUUUAGAUGGCCUACUAGAGUGUGCAACCAAUGACAGUGUGGAUUACAUUUUUGUCUGCACUUGCACUUUUAACAGGAAUUUGGGAAGCCCACAAUAUUCAGAAUUAAAUUACAAGAAAAGGGAACAAAAUAAAUAAUGAAAGUAUAUUGCAAAGUUGUUUUACUACAUACAAUUAAACAUGUUUUAUUAUUUCAGUGUUUAAUGUCCCUUUUAAUGUAUUAUUCUGUUUUACUUGAAUGUAUUGGAAUUGGCCUGAACAUUCUCAUUUCGCAGGAUUUUGUUUUUGUUUUUAAAUGUCUUUAUCCCUAGAGUGCACACACAGUAGUCACACAACAAUGAAAAAGCUUCAAUAACAGCCUCCUAAACAGAAUUAAGAAACUUCAAAAGGUCAUAUAAGCAAAAAUAGGCUACAAUCUGUAUGUUAAUCAAGUGGCACCAAUUUAAGGUAUAACCCCAUAUUAUAACACACAAAAACAAAAAUAAAUAAUAAAAUUAAUUAG